CAGUUCGAUUCUCUUCUAAUAAUGGGUGUAAUAUCAGUGAGACAAAAACAACGGAGUUUCGCGCUUCAAGCGCGAUUAAGAUUCGAGAGAACAGCUUACAGAAGAGACACUUCCUCCAAUUGUAUUGCAGAUACACAAGGAAACUGGGGUAACGAGAUGCAUUCGACCUCUGCCGCGCUGUACGCUUUCCGAUUGACACUGAAUCAGACAGCCGCUCCAGCUUUCUACAGGAGCAGGAGCUUCGACCGUAGCACGGCGACAUCCGCAAUCUUCCUCGCGACCUUCGGAUUGUCCAUGAGCAUGUUCUCGUUGAAGCAGAUGCAGUCGUCGCACCAGCGUCGUAUGCGAAGGCUCUGCUAAAGGAAAUCCCAUCGACAAUUCACCAUCACAGCAAAAUCAGCGGUCAACUUGAGAAGUAAAUCCAUUCGAUCAUGAAAGAUAUGUCUGCGCGACGGUCCAUCACAGCGGACGACGUUAUUCCGAAGUCGGCAAGGCGGCGUAUGUCGGGUUGAGCUAUAUACACCUCCAACGUCCAGUAUGAGAGCUCGCGGUUUGCACCUGUAUCGCAUCAGGCGAUCUGCAAUCUCGUACAAUUUUCGCGGCGUGCUCUUCUGUUGAGAGCGCGAACGCUCUUGCUUGUGACGCCCGAAGAAUCAUGUUCUCGAUUCGCAGACGCGCGUGCUGCUUCAGUCACGUGGAAUUCAGCACUUGGUACAGACAGAGGUUGGAAGACGCGCAGUGGGGGGUUUUUUUUUCGUCGAAGACAGCAUCGCGCAUUCGAGCGAGACGCGUAUGCUUCGCGCACCGAGUGUAAUGCUUUUCUCUUUGUCCUCUAGAAACGAUAGCUCAUCACAUAGGAGGGAAAUAGAUAUUCUAGUCGCGUGUGAGCAAACGAGAGACGGUGCAGCGAAUGCAACGCGCAUUCUUGCACUCGCAAUUCUUUCCCGGGAAAACUUUUGCUGGUAAUUGAUAUGUCAUAAAACAGAGGAUACGCUUGCGCUAUUUUGCACCGAUUUAGCUUAAUUUAUCGAUUACUUUCGAAGGUAGUUCCUUCUGGUGCACAGUCGCAAUUACUGAUGUAUGUUACCUGAUUUUAUGACGUAUCGCACGCCAUUUCUUUGAUAACUAGGCAGAAAUUGAUUUAAAGAGGAAAAUUACAUCGAGAAAUAAUAGUUUACUAUGUCGACUGCCGUUAAACAACGGCUGAUUCACAGAAACCAUAUUUGUAUCGACUAAAAAUUAGGACUAAAUUUUUUGUUUGUUUCGUGAAGUCGCUUUCGAAAGUUUUCCUCGGAAAGGCACGCAAACUGCCAACAAACGCGAGCCAAAGAGUUUCACUGAGUGGAAACGAGUCCGCGAACCUUAGUUGAGGAUUUUAAUGUUGUUAGGUAGAAUCGAGUUGUAACUUAACGUAACAGCUCAUCAAUCGGAUAUCGUCGAUAAUGCUCAUCCCGCCUUCGUCAUAAAAAUCGCACCGAGUGUAACCGUUGUUGAAACGUAAAGCACAAAACGACACAUCGCGUGGUUCGUGUAAAGUACUAUUCUUGUUACUGCAUUGUAUUUAACCGUAGUUAUCCCUCACAAAUCUCGUCACGAGACAAUCGUCCGAAACCCGAUUUAAACCCACCUCAAUGUUUUGGACCAAUUAAAACAUUUUAGUCGAAUUUUUCUCUCUCUUGCUACUCGAUAUUACUUUUUUUUUAUUUCACGCGACAAAUACACCAUGUAUACCUGUGCUAUGAUUGCUAAAAAAUAUAUACACAUAUGUGUCUCCCUGUCGUCAUAUGAAUCUGUGUAUUAGGAUAUAUUGGUGCCAUUUCGGAGCAUUUGUAAGAUUGAUCAUUGUUUUUAAUAAAACGUUGAUUCGAUUA